AUGGCCAACAAGCUGUUGCCUCUGCCUCUGGCAUUCGCAGCCAUAUGCCACGAUGCAUGCCUGUGGUUCGCAAGCUACGGUCCCGUCCAUUCGCUGUCCCUCGAGAUUGCGGCGAUCAUCGCGGUCAUCGGGCUCCAGGCGAACCUCCUCGGCAGUGUGCUGCUGGCGCUGGAGGCUAGAGGGUAUCUCGGCAGGGCUUCAUCCAGGCUGGCGACGGCAGUGCCCGUUAUGGCGAUCGUGGGCGGGUUGAGCGCGGCUCUGAUGCUUGCUGCCGUCAUAUUCGGGCUGUCCCUUGAAGAUCCGAACUAG